AUGGCCCUCAGACUUUGGGGGAGGAAAUAUGUGCGACAGUCCUUCAACAGGGGCGACUAUCUCACAAUGGCAGCUUGCGCCUGUGCCCUCAUAAGGCUCGGCAUGAUUCACGUUGUGUUAAUUUGGGGCACUAACAACAUGACGGCUGCCCAGCGCGCAAAUCAUCACUUUACUCCUACUGAGAUCUAUCAGCGGGAGAUCGGCAGCAAAUUGACCAUCACGAACCGAGUCUUCUACAACUCUUAUCUUUGGUUGCAGAAGCUCGUACUUCUAGAUCUCUAUCAACGACUCAUUCAGGAUCUACCUUACGAGAAAUGGCUAAUUCGGGCGUAUCUUGCUGUAUUCUUUCUUACAUAUACAACCGUCCAGGUUUUGACCUUUGCUGAGUGCAAGCCCUUUUACCUCUACUGGCAGGUUCUCCCUGCUCCAGGUCCUUGUGCAGAGGCUCAGGUCCAACUGAUUGCGCUCGGUGUCCUCAACAUUGUAACCGACUUCAUGUUGAUUAUUCUACCGCUUCCAGUCAUUUUCAAGCUUAAAGCGCCGACGAGUCGAAAAGCCCAGCUGAUUAUACUCUUCACGCUCGGGAUAUUCAUCAUCCUCAUCACCAUCAUCCGACUGCCCAUUAAUUCCCAUAACUCAACUAGCCAGGUCAACCGUACAACUUGGGCGAGCACCGAACUCUUGACGGCUGCUUUUGUGGUCAAUGCCCCGACGCUCUACUCAUUCUGGAAUAAGAGACAGCGAGAUAAAUCAGGACCUCAAGUAAAAGGAGAUAGUGAAAACGGCAAGGCGAGUGGCCAGAUCGCCUUGGAAACGAUAGGCGGCAGUACCUUUUCCGGUGACGGGAGUAAAAAGCGCAAGUCGAGUGCAGGCGUAUUGGUGACGAAAGACGUCACUGUAACCGAAUACAGGAGGAGCGGUGACUACAUCAAACUGGCUGACGAGCGAGAUCAUAUGUCACAAAAGUCAAACCAGCAAGGGGAUUUCUAA